CUUGAUUCAGAUGUAAAUAACAAUGUUACAUUAUACACCAGCCGCUUCCACAGACUGAAGGAUUUUGACUGUUGUAGGUCGCGUCAUGUUGGGACCAUGGCUAUCAAACAACUGCUUAUGGCUAGUCCCGCACUCUUCUAGUCGACGACAACACUCAUAUGGCAACUGUUGGCACAACCAUGUCUUCCCCUGAGAAGCAAGCCUGGGAGAUCUUCCAUUCACUGGAUGUGAAGUAUGUCUUUGGAGGUCUUUUUGGCUACCCUAGUGAUGAUAUCAGUAAGUUCCUUUGGAUGGUUCGGAAUGGAGGCGGUGUGUUCCCUCACAUCAAAGAAGCUGAUUACCUGUGAAAAAGAGGUGGUUGCUGCCUGCUGGUGGGUGUUCCUCCUUGGUUUGGUUUCCUUGAAAUUUGAAUCGUGCUUCGGAACGGCCUUCUUUCCCGUCCAACCUGGUGUGGAUGGUUGAGAAUUGAUGUGAGUGCGCCUCAGAACAGGACACCAGAUCCUGCAACUGAUUGGAAUGAGUAGUAUACUGAUAUUCCAAAGUUACUACUUGAGCUUUGAUAUGUUAUUCUGCUUCUGCGAUGCGAUUAGUAAACAAAUUCAACCGACCUUACAUCCGUGUAGCCGUCAUGUGCCAACUUGCAAUGCCCUUGGAGAAUUAAUCUAAGUCUCGGCGAAGAUCGUCAAUGGAUUCGUGGAAGAAGAGAAGAAGCUAUAAAAAAAAUAGAGAGAGGAAAGAGAGGGAGAGAGAGAUUGGGGGGAAUUUCUGUUAUAAUCCUUGAUAGUCGUAGGCUGUGAGAAAUGCCGAAUUUGGGGAAAGCUCCAGGUUCUUGGCCUAGUUACCACUCUGAACAUAUUGUUCUCUAAUAGCGUGGAACACAAAAUAGUUUCAAAACUUACAGCUUUAUAUGUUCCAUGUUAUGCUUAGUAGACAUUCACUUAUUGCAACAACUACUACUCUUCGUUGUUGUAUUGAUUUUGGAGGUUGAACUCUUGUUGUUGCUUGAAUUCAGUUGCAGUUACAUAGUAAUGAAG